CUUGUGGAGAAAAUUGGAGGAAAGUCUGGUCUCACACGCUCGUUUUAUCCAGACUUUGGUUUGUGAUGGACGCUCUGGCUCAUCAGGAGUGCUGUCAUGUGACCUUCUCCCAGAGUGUCUCAGAGAAGUUGAAUCGUUUGGUGCAAUCAGUUGAAAGCAGAGCUCUUUCCCUCAAAUCAUCACCACCUGUGAACAAAGGUCAAGUCUUUCCUCCCACAUGCCUGCACUCCAAUUUGGUCAUCAGUUAGCCUUCUGACGUCAUUCCCACCAGCUGCUCCGUCCAAAGGUCCUAGUCUGACAGGAACUUUUCUCUCACAUCCCGAAAGCCUCUUUUCCAGGUCUCAUGAAAAAACAGACUUCGAGAGAAAAACAAAACAAAAAGCCAUCAGACAUUUCCUUUUUGAAGACUCAUCGCCCUGCUACAUCUGCACCUCACAGUCUUUUUGGGAUGUCUGAGGGAGAUAUUUCAGUGCUGCCAUUCCCAUCUGCAUCUCUGGAUUUAUCCAAGGAAGAGCCACAAAAGCUGACCAGGCUCUACAGUCAGAAAGGAGGAUAUCACCUGAGGAUUUCACUGGACGGAACUGUGAACGGUGGACGGCAGGAGAACGACCCAUAUGACAUCCUGAAGAUAAAAGCUGUGAGUGCAGGAGUGGUGGUCAUCAAAGGGGAAGCCUCAGGAAGAUACUUGGCCAUGAGCAAGAAAGGACAUCUGUAUGGAUCCCAAGCACUAACCGAUGAGUGCUACUUCGUGGAGAAGUACGAGGAGAACAACUACAACACGUAUCGCUCUCAGAAAUACGGCUGGUAUGUUGCUUUGAAGAAGAACGGCCAGCCCAAAGCAGGACCUGACACCCACCAGGGUCAGAAGGCCAUCUUUUUCUUACCGCGGUCUGCAGGCAAUGUUUGAAAGCAGAGACCAGCGAAAACUGUGGAUUUAAUUUGACAAAUUUAGUUUGCAGUAUGCAGUUCCGGGAAAUAAAUUACUUUAUGUGUAAUUGAAUGUAAAGCCCUGCUUUCUUUUCCAGGCUGCUUCAACGUUUGUCAGUGUUUAGAGCUGCAGACACCUCUGUGCUGAUACCUUUUUUUAACUCUGCAGAGGGAAAGUAUGUGAAGUAUCAGUUCAUCUGUCUCACACAAGUUUUUUCUUUGAGCCCCAGUUUGAAAUACUACUGACUGGAGACAGAAAUGUGCAGACUGAAUUUGGUAAAAACUACUAACAAAAACUGUUCACAAUUUAAUGAAAAGUAAAGAAACCUUUCAGCUUUUUGGAACAACAAUCAGUCCACAGAUGAUUAAGCAGUAAAGAUAAUUUGCUGACUUUUGAAUGUGUAUCAGCUUGCUCAAGUGUGAAUCACACGUUUUCCUGUGACUGCUCAUCUUAUGAAUAUCAAUUUUUGGUGCCAAUAAUUCAGCCUUAAAGUGUAUCCAGACUUUUUUCAUUUGAAAUGUCUUUAGAAUUUUUUUUUCAAUGGUCUGUGACAAUAGUAAUAUAUUGGUGUGAAAAGUAUUUACUACAUUAGUUUAGUUCUUUUGAACACUAAACGGCGAGCUGAGACUGAAAGGUUACAACUUGAUAAUUAAAUCAGUGUUGUGUUUGUUCUGUAAGACUGAAUUUUAAGUGGGUUUGGUUAAAGAUAUUUGAGUCUUUCAAAGAGGACCAAUUGUAAACAAAAACAACGAUUACAUGCGAUUUUAUUCUGCAAUGUUAAAUUUAAAUCUAUAUUUUUAUGCAUACAAUGUGAAUGAAGAAAGUGGUAACUCUUUGAUCAUUUUACAACUAGAUCACAAUGUAUUAACAUCAAUUUUGAUGUAUGUAAAGUACUUGCAUAUUAAAUGUUUCUUUUGUUAUA